AUGGAGUUAGAAAAACGACUGAAAUUUUUGAACAGGCCAACAAUCAAAACAGUUAAGAGCAAUAACAAUAGUGAGCAAAUUAAAGCAAGCUACAUGCCUUCUUAUGGAUAUAAGCGUGCAAUAGCUCAAAUUCCAAAAGAUCCCAAUACAAAGUUUACAGGAGCUGGUAUGGCAACUAAUGUGUACAAUCCUCACGUUGAAGGCAAACAACAUAGUGGUUGUCGAUUAAGAAUUCAAAAAGGAACAUAUAUUUUACAAGUUGGUUGGAGAUAUCAUUGUUUCGUAUUUCAGGUAGAUCCAACACUAUACGGGGAUAAUACAACGAGACUUUUUAUACAUUUUCAGGCAGGUAAAUUCAAUUGUUUCAAUACAUUAUGCCCAGGCUUUGUACAAGUAAACACCAAAAUACCUCUUGAUAUUUCAUUGGAGGGAGUUCUUUCACAACGUGGAGGGACGAAAUUGGAGUUAUUAAUGUACAUUUAUAUGGAUCCAGACGAUGGAAACUGGUGGCUUCUAUUGGGAGAAAGCUAUAAACAAAUUGGUUUUUGGCCGCAUAUUAUCUUCACAGAGUUAACAAAUUUUGCUAUAAGUAUAGAGUGGGGAGGAGUUACAUAUAAUCCACCAGGUGUACCCGAACCUCCAAUGGGCUCAAGCUAUUUUCCUGUUGAAAAUUCUAGUUUUGACGGAUUUUGUAGGAGCAUUGCAAUUUCAAAUGAGAAAGGAGUUUCCGUUGGAAAAGAUAAUAUAAUUUGGCGUACUGAUAAUAUUUUUGCGUAUAAGGUUGUAUUUAAAAAACUUUUGGAAGGUUUAGACUCUUUUACUUAUGUUUUUUAUGGUAAUAGUGCACAAAUAUAA